AUGAAGGCCUCACUCACCCUCAUCCUCGCGGCUGCCCUUGGCGCGCUCGCCUCUCCCGUCGACCACGUCAUCCAUCGCCGCUUCACCUGCGCUGACCGUCUCGACGGCUACUGCCACGCCUCCAACGUCAACUCGUACUGCGAAAACGGCGAGUUUCGCUCCAAGGCUUACGAGACGUGCAAAAACUACUGCAGGCAUGUCUUUUCUUUUUUUUUUCUCCCCGCUCCCAUAUCCCCAAGCGUGUGGUUCUGA